CAUGAGUAAAGUAUCCCCACCCUAUUAGACCGCUAUACAUCUCUGCUUCAAGAUAUCCCAUCUCAAUGAAAGUGAUUCAGGCCUCACUCCUCUCUCAUAGCGAUUUAGGGUUUUGGUACAAGUUAUCGACUAAGACACCGACGACUUAGGGUUUUUUCAUAAAAGUUGUGUAUAUGCACUUCGAUUGCUCCAAUGACGAAUCCACAAUGUUUGGUUUGGAAAAUGUAAAAAAAAAAGGUAAUGUUUGUUUCUUUUUGAGUUCAUACAGAUGAGAGAAUCACGUCAUCUGUCGAUUCUAUCAUCUUACAGCGUUGGUAGCCCCUUCAGGCGGUUUCUCUGGUCAGUGGCUCUCUCCUUAACACUUAGUUACAAAUUCUGCUCUUUCAGCUCACAAUCUCGUCAUCCAGAAAUUAAGUGGGCUCAGAGAGAGGAUAAAGUUUAUAUCACAAUUUUAUUGGCGGAUACAAAAGAUGCAAAAGUGAAUCUUGCUCCAGAAGGUGUUUUUACAUUAUCUGCUUCAGCUGGUCAGCAUGAGUAUGAUCUUAAGCUUGAGCUUUAUGACAAAGUAAAUGUAGAGCUUGUUGAACAUGUUGCUACAUGCUUAAUUAAAAUAGCAGAAAGAGUACAAGAAUCCAGUGAAAUGCUUGAUGAACAUUCUAAACAUGGAUUGAUUCAUCAAGUGGAAUAUCAUAUAGACCUGAUCAACCAUACCACUCUAUCUUAUUCUGUUCAUACUGGUUUAAUUGGACUACUUGUUAAACUUGCUUUUGGUUCUAUGGUGGCUGUGAAGACACUUUUUGAUCUUAAUAUAAGUAGCAUUUUGAAAGAGAUCUUGUCAAUAUAUGACCUUUCACAUGGAGUCCCUUCCCCUCGAACAAUUGAUGGACAUUAUAAUCAAAUGCAUGAAGUUUUGAAGUUGUUGAUUCAGCUUCUACCUGUUGUAUCCAGAAAUCAAGAAGUUCCAUUAGCUGCAAAAAAAGAAGCUUUCUUGGUGACUCAUCCUGAUCUUGUAGAGAAAUUUUGGAAUGAUUUAUUACAUGUCUUGAUCCAGGUUGGUUAUCAUUUGUCAAUCAUGUUGUACUGGUUUCUUGCUAACUUUUACAAUUUCCUUGAUAUACCCUUUCUUUUCUUCUCAUUUCUGAACAGGUUUUUGGCUGGAGUGUUCACUAGGAAGGAUAUACGUGUACUAAUGCUAACUCUUAAUAUUUCUGACAAUAUCCUAAAAAAGAAUAGUGAGGUUUUCAUGGGACCUUUUGUUAAAGAAGGUGUUCUUUUUGCCAUUAAUGCACUUAUAGACCCUGAAAAGUGUUCACGGUUUAUGUUUUCAAUGUUCAACGACAUCCAAUUAUCGAAUACUUCAAGCAAAAAAUAUGCUGGAAAAGAUGUGAUUCACUGCUUAUGCUUUUCUUUUGAUGAUCGGCUAAGCAGGGCAACAAAUUGGGUUAAGUUCAGUGCGACGGCUGGACUAGAUGUUAUCUACGGAGGCCAUUUACAACAAGGAAAAUCACAAAGGGCACCUUACCUUCCACAAAGUGGGGCGGGUGGUGGUGGUGGAGGUGGUAGUCCCUAUUCAGAAAGGGCUGCACUUUAUGCUCUUGGUUUAAUCCAUUACAGCAAGGAAGAACUUUUUUAUGCUCUUGAAAUGGUUAAUCUGUUUGACCUCAAAAAGGUUUACUUUGAUUCAAGAGUGAUUGCUCUAACUGAUUGCCCUAAAAAGCAUCACAAAACCCUUGAUGUGGUACUUGUUCAAGAAACUGUUGUUCUAAUUCUUGAUGAUACAGAAAGAGGGAAGAUGGACAAGGAGAAUCUUAUUUUGAUGGAAAGAUAUCAUUUUUUUGCUUCAAGUUGUAAAGAAUUAAGAUGCAGAGCUGUCGGUAUCAGCAAGGGGUUGUUAAUGGUGGGGACCGCUAGUGAGAAGGCAACUGAGAUGCUUGUGUAUGCUCAUGAGACACAACAUGAAAAGAUCAUAAGGGGGUUGGCAUUGCAGAUUACAUUUACUGUUUAUGGAAGGGAGGAGGAAGCAGAUACUUUGAUUGAACAGAUGACCCGUGAUCAGGAUCCAAUAUUGAGGUAUGGAGGGAUGUAUAGUGGCACAACAAAUAAUAAGGGUAUUAGGUUGGAUUGUGCUGCAUAUGGUCAGGAAAUAGGUUGUAUUGUUCCUUCUGAAGUUCCUCUUUGUAUUGUCCUUGAACACAAAGCAGCUGUUUCAUCUUUGAAGACCCCUGAAAAUUCUCCAUGA